AGCUAUCGGUACGAUUAAUUUGUCUCUCGAAAGUAUAAUAAAGAUUAUAUUCUCUCACUGUACUGACCCGAGUCGUGUAUCCUUCUUUGAGAUCCUGAUAUUACCGAGAACGUUCAUAACAACUGGCGACUGUGACAGGACGUAAUUUCAGUAGAUUCGGAAAUAUAAUUUUGUUGUUUCGACGAUUGUCCGAGUGAGUGCAGUCACGAUGGUUGAGAAGCAGAUACACGUUGCCCGUAUUGCCUUUACAAGGGCAUUUAACGCUUUCACAAAAAAUUUGGAAAGCGACUGUCCGAGAGAAGAGAAGAUAGCGGCAUUCCAGUUCUUGGAAAUAAAGAUGACGGAAUUAGAUACAGUACAUUCCGCAUAUAAUCAAUGGCUUUUUUUCCAAUCAAAACUAUGUGAAUAUCAAACGUAUGAUAAUAUCUAUAGAUCUCAUCUGGAACUGGACGACGUGUAUAAGACACAGUAUUUAACGGCGAAGAUGAAGAUAGCAAAAAUGACGACAUCGAUGCCGGAAAACGCGUCGAGAACGGUUUCAACGAGCGCUACGAAGACAUCAAAGUUUCCGAAAUUGGAAUUGCCAAAAUUCAGCGGUAAUAUUAAGGACUGGCUUCCCUUUUGGAGUCAAUUUAAGGAGAUAAAUGACGAUGCUUCGAUCAGCAAUGAAGACAAGAUGCAAUAUCUGCAGCAAGCUCUGGUUUCGCGCGCAAACGAGCUCGUGAAAAGUUUCCCGCCUACAGGAGAAAACUACGAGAAGGCGUUCAUGAGCUUGAAGAAUCGAUUCGGACGAGACUAUAUUAUUGUAGAAUUCUACGUGCGCGAACUUCUCGGUCUCGUGUUGCAGAACGCCUUGAGGGGAAACAAGAAAUCGUCUCUCGCAAGCAUUUAUGAUAAAGUCGAAUGCUGUAUUCGUGCGUUGGAAACGUUGGGCGUGACGAUGGAUAAAUGUGCCGACAUGCUCUAUCCUCUCGUCGAGUCGUCUCUCCCGGAAGAGGUCCUUCGAGCGUGGCAACGCAGCGGACAACGGGAAGCGAUAGGAGGCAACGGACAGCGUGAAACUACCGAUCGACUCGAAAAACUUCUUAAAUUCCUGCAGAUAGAGGUGGAAAACGAGGAGCGCAUCAACAUGGCGUUAACAGGCUUCAGGUCAUCGACGGACUAAGAGAAGACGAAGAAGCCGAAAGGGGGGAGGAUGUCCUGGAAAAAUAGAAGGAAUGCACCCGGGGUAUCGCUUGUGUAAACAAAAGAUAGGUGCGAGCUAGAAAGUGGGGAGCGCCCGCCUGGCGACAGUAGUAGCGCAGAGACCACAA